GAGGCGGCGCCUGUGGCGGCGGGAGCCGAGCCCGCUCCGAGCCGAGCCGAGCCGAGCCGAUCCGGCGGCCGCGCACCAGCUCCAUGGCGACCCCCAGCCCCUGCAUCGUGAUUGGCGAUGAUGAACAAGGUUAUGACUUGGACUUGUUCUGCAUACCAAAACAUUAUGCAGAUGACUUGGAAAAAGUCUAUAUUCCUCAUGGGCUUAUUAUGGACAGGACAGAAAGAUUGGCACGAGAAAUCAUGAAGGGCAUGGGAGGACAUCAUAUUGUAGCUCUUUGUGUACUCAAGGGUGGCUACAAGUUUUUUGCUGACUUACUAGACUAUAUCAAAGCACUGAACAGAAAUAGUGACAAAUCUAUACCCAUGACGGUAGACUUCAUCAGGUUGAAGAGCUAUUGUAAUGAUCAGUCAACUGGAGAUAUAAAAGUAAUUGGUGGGGAUGAUCUCUCAACCUUGACUGGAAAGAAUGUCUUGAUUGUAGAAGAUAUAAUUGAUACUGGUAAAACAAUGAAAACACUGCUGUCUUUGCUUAAGCAAUAUAACCCAAAGAUGGUGAAAGUAGCCAGCUUGUUGGUGAAAAGAACUCCUCGAAGCGUGGGUUAUCGGCCUGACUUUGUUGGAUUUGAAGUGCCAGACAAGUUUGUUGUGGGAUAUGCCCUAGAUUACAAUGAAUACUUUCGGGAUUUGAAUCAUAUUUGUGUGAUUAGUGAGACGGGAAAACAGAAAUACAAAGCAUGAGACGCCGCGUUCAAGUGCUAUGACAACAGAGCUUUGAAACAUUUUGUUUACUGAGUCCUAUCUUUCACAGGCUUCAACUCCGGUACACCAGCUAAAGCUAUAGAACGAAUGUUCCAGCCUCAGUGUCAUAUGCUUACUCUAACUUAUUGCAUGUACAAUAUAAGAAUCUUGUCCUGUUCGUUUUUAUUUUAGAAAUGUCAAACGGUCAGUGCAGUUCUGCACUCCUUAUUUUGAUUUGCACUAUCUACCGACUAUCGCUGCCCCUGGAUGGGUUCUGCUGUUUGUGAGCUCCAGAGUUUAACUCUUGACGUGGCAAAUUGCUUAAACCUCAUCAACCCAGAACUGAACUAGUUCUCGUACUGUAAAUGUAAGACAUUUUAUGAUAGGGAAGUCUAUUAGAAAUAUUUUUUAAAAAAAAAUCUGUAAUUUAAGUUUUAUAUUUUAAUUACUGCACAGAAGUGAUUGUGAUUAUUGGAUAGUUGCACCCUGGGGUGUUAGAAAAUAUGAGGAGCAGCCAAUUACAGUAUCUGUAAUCUCCAAGGAGUUGACCACAUCUCCUGGAGUUGCCUUAUUGCUGGUAGAGGAAGGCUGAGUGAAAAAUGUCAUUUUUGGGCUGAAAGGAAGUGGAAUAACAAAACAGAGUGUUUAAACAUUAGUUUUAAUUAGACUGCCCAUUUCUUAUAGAUCGGUUGUUCUUUCAAAUAUUCAUCAGGCAAUGGAAUUGCCUUCUAAAGAUAAGCAAUUGUAAUAUUUUACAGUUGUGAAAAAAUAUUGUAAUGUUUGCUCUAUAUGAUCCACAAAACAAAGUAUUUUAAAUAAAGGCUGUCUCUUUAAAAUAAAUGGUAUACACCUACAGCACUCAUUCCAUGUAUUAAAGUGCUCUUGAAACAUG